GGCGGGCGGCAGGCAGGCGGGCAGGCGGGCGGAGCGACGAUUUGGAGCUGCGAGGAGAGGAAAGCAGAAGGAAGAGGAGCAGAGGGAGAAGGAGAAAAAGCACAGGGAGAGGGAGGGAGGGCUCCAGCAGAGGAUUAACCACAUUUCACGCCUGUUUAAAGAUAUCCUGCUUAUAUGAUAGACACGCACGUCCACGCCGGCAGAGCCCAGCGUCCGAACCCUGCUCAUAGUCACAUCCGAGAGUGUGUCUCUGAGAUGGACCCGUGAGAACGUGAAGCUGGCGUGAAGCUGGCGAGAUCCUUGCGUGAGGCUGGCGUGUAGCUGGCGUGAUCUCCGGCUCUCCGUGGGACGCAUCAUGCACUGAGGCUCCGCGAGCCGCUCCGUGUUUCUCUCCGGCAUCUCUGUCCUUCAUCCGGCUGCCGUGAGGGGGGGGGGCCACAGCGACAGCGUCCCCCCGCCGUGCACCCCCAGCAUGCUCAAGCACCAGCACUGCUGCAGGUGCCCAGAAUGCGAGGCGCCCCGCCUGGCCGCCAUGCGCCACGGUGACUGGCAGCCCGAGCCCUAUGGAUACCCGGCCGGCUACGGGGGCGGCGGCCAGACACUACCGUCCUCAGCCCCUGGAGGGGGGGGGCGGCGGGGGAGGAAGCGGGGCACGCUCGGGAGGAGCAAGGGGAAGAGCUCCUCUAAGGGUGCUGUCAAGGCCGCGGCCAAGAUCAACAGCAACGGCUCAGAGGGCCAGGGGGCGUGGUGGCCAGAGUGCACCUGUACUGGCCAGGAAUGGUACGACCAGGCCAACCCUCCCCCUGUGAUGGUGAAUGCAGACUCCCUGGAUGCUGGUCCUUAUGUAAACGGGAGUGAUGGGAUGUACAAAUAUGAAGAGAUAAUCUUAGAGAGGGGAAACUCCGGGCUGGGCUUCAGCAUCGCCGGAGGGCUGGACAACCCUCACAUCCCCGAGGAUCCUGGCAUUUUCAUCACCAAGAUCAUUCCAGGAGGGGCGGCUGCCAUCGACGGCCGGCUUGGGGUGAACGAUUGUGUACUGCGGGUCAAUGACGUCGACGUUUCAGAGGUGGUGCACAGCCAGGCAGUGGAGGCGCUCAAGGAGGCGGGGCCAGUGGUGCGGCUGCUGGUGCGACGGAGACACACACCCCCCGGGACUGUGGUGGAAGUUAAUCUGCUGAAAGGGCCCAAGGGUCUGGGCUUCAGUAUUGCCGGGGGCAUUGGCAACCAACACAUCCCCGGAGACAACAGUAUCUACAUCACAAAAAUCAUCGAAGGUGGGGCUGCGCAGAAGGACGGCAGGCUGCAGACAGGGGACCGCCUCCUAGCUGUGAAUAACAUCGUGCUACAGGAUAUCCGCCAUGAAGACGCAGUGGCAUCACUGAAGAACACCUCCGACAUGGUUUACCUCAAGGUGUCCAAAUCCGGCCCCAUGCACCUCAACGACAUGUAUGCCCCCCCGGACUACUCCAGCACCUUCCCAGGAAGGACAGAAAACCACGUAGGCCACAAUUCCGGUGUGGCUUACAUGAGCGAGCCCCCCCAGAACACUCCCCCACGCUACUCGCCCUUACCCCGACACAUGAUGGUGGACGAUGAUUUCACCAGGGAGGCACGGAAGGUGGUGCUGCACAAAGGCUCCACGGGGUUGGGCUUCAACAUUGUGGGCGGCGAGGAUGGCGAGGGCAUCUUUGUGUCUUUCAUCCUGGCGGGUGGGCCAGCCGACCUGAGCGGAGAGCUGAGGAGGGGUGACCGCAUCCUCUCGGUGAACGGCGUGAACCUCCGCAAAGCCACCCACGAGCAGGCGGCGGCGGCGCUGAAGAGAGCGGGACAGACGGUCACCAUCGUCGCCCAGUUCAGGCCAGAAGAAUACAGCCGCUUUGAGUCCAAGAUCCAGGACCUACGGGAGCAGAUGAUGAACAGCAGCAUGAGCUCAGGGUCAGGCUCCCUGCGGACCAGCGAGAAGCGCUCCCUCUACGUCAGGGCCCUGUUCGACUAUGACCGCACCCGUGACAGCUGCCUUCCCAGCCAGGGCCUGAGCUUCUGCUACGGGGACAUCUUGCACGUGGUCAAUGCCUCCGACGACGAGUGGUGGCAGGCAAGGCUGGUCACGCCCCACGGGGAGAGCGAGCAGAUUGGGGUCAUCCCCAGCAAGAAGAGGGUGGAAAAGAAGGAGCGUGCACGGUUAAAAACUGUCAAGUUCCACGCCAGGACGGGUAUGAUCGAGUGUGGCAGGUCAGUCAAACUAAAGCGUAAAAAGACAUUCAUCCUCUCGCACAAGUUCCCGUUUUACAAGAGCAAGGAGAACAUUUUGGAGGAGUAUGUGCAGCCUGACCAGUGUUUGACAUCCAACACGAGUGACAGCGAAAGCAGCUCAAAGGGCCAGGAAGACACCAUUUUGUCGUAUGAACUAGUGAUCCGACAGGAGAUUCAUUACACAAGGCCUGUCAUCAUCUUGGGGCCAAUGAAGGACAGGCUGAAUGAUGACCUCAUCUCAGAGUUCCCUCACAAGUUUGCCUCUUGUGUCCCACACACCACGCGGCCCAGGCGGGAGAACGAGAUGGACGGUCAGGACUACCACUUUGUGGGAUCACGGGAGCAAAUGGAGAGGGACAUACAGGACAAUAAGUUCAUUGAGGCUGGCCAGUUCAAUGAGAACCUGUAUGGCACCAGCGUGAUGUCUGUGCGAGCAGUAGCACAACAGGGUCAACACUGCAUCCUCGACGUGUCUGGGAAUGCCAUAAAGCGGCUGCAGCAAGCUCAACUCUACCCAAUAGCCAUCUUCAUCAAGCCAAAGUCUGUUGAGGCCCUCAUGGAGAUGAAUAAGAGACAGACAUAUGAACAGGCCAACAAAGUCUUUGAGAAGGCAAACAAGUUGGAGCAGGAGUUCAGCGAAUACUUCACAGCAAUUCUACAGGGCGACUCAAUAGAGGAACUUUACAGCAAAGUGAAGAAGGUCAUCGACGACCACUCUGGUCCCUACAUCUGGAUCCCUUCCCCAGAAAGGUUUUGAGCUCUCAGUCCUCUGGUCCUAGGAGCACCUUUUAUCUCUGCAGACCUACAUGUGCUGUAGGGUUUCUACCACUUCACGUCUGACGCCACGACUGCAAAUGUGUGUAACUCCCGCAUGAGUUUUAGAGAAAUCCCCUCAAAUCUGGAAGUAACAUUCCAGGCUCAUUUUUAUUCGUGGACAUGGAAGCAAAAGGAAAGGUACGUGGCAGAAGAUGGACAGUGAGUCUCAAUGUCUGAAAAUGUGUACGAAGUGGGGUCUGUAGGUGCUGCUGUCAGACUGGGGAUGAAGACGGAAUAGUUUUUUUUUUUUUUUAAGUGUAUAAACACUGGUGUUAAAACACAAAACAGUAGAAGGAUGGCAGGCAUUUUGUUUUAGUCCUACAUUAUGUUAACAGCAUAUGAACUGACCCCCCCCACCACCACAACCCCCUAUGAUGCUCAGACAGUUCUGCUCAUGCUUUGUUUUUCUAAUUUUAUGAUGUAAUUACAAACUGCUUACAUUUUAAAUGGCUGCAUCAGGACCUCUUCAGAAAAUGGGGAAUCUGGAUAAAAUGGCAUAAAAAUUGUUUAUAUUCUUGAAACUUCCACACGAUUUGGUAAAAAUGUACGAUUUUAGUACAUAUUAAAAUGUUUUACACGUGAUCAGGUUUGACUACA